CGAAUUAUCAACUAAACAAAAAGAACUCCAAGUCAUUGAAGAAAAAUUAUUAACUUGCCAGCAACAAAAAGAUGAUUUACAAAAACAAUUGGAUAAUAAAAUAACAGAAUUGGCUAAUUCUAAUUUAUCCCAAGAGCAAAAGUCGCAACAAAUAAUUACUUUGGCUUCUGAAAGUCAGAAACAAUUUAGUAAAAUUAACCAACAAUUAUCUAGUGCCUGA